GCACCUUGGCGAAUAGCAUGCCGAUCAGCUGUGCAAGUCUGAGAUUUAUGUCGAGCGUUUUUAAUUGCCGGUUUUAAUUAAACUGCGGCAUGUACAACUCGGCCAAACAGCUGCAGCGCGUGCUGACAGCCCGCGAGAUUCGUAAGACCUUUCUGGACCACUUCACCGUUAGCCAUGGGCAUAAGUUUGUGCGCUCCAGCCCGGUGGUUCCCUUUUGCGACCCCACCGUGGCUUUCGUUAACGCGGGCAUGAAUCAGUUCAAAUCGGUUUUUCUGGGCACAGCAGCAGCACCUUAUAAGCGGGUAGUUAACUCCCAAAAAUGUAUCCGUGUCGGUGGAAAACACAAUGAUCUAUCUGUGGUGGGCACGGAUAGCUAUCAUCACACCUUCUUCGAGAUGCUUGGCAACUGGUCCUUCGGGGAUUACUUCAAGCGGGAAGCCUGUGCUAUGGCCUUGGAGCUUCUCCGCGGUCCCUACAACAUUGAUCCAGGUCGCCUUUAUGUUACCUAUUUUGCUGGCGACAAGGUGCUUGGUAUUCCUGCUGAUCUGGAAUGCUUUGAGAUCUGGAGGAGUCUAGGAUUUCCCGCCUCGCGUAUCCUGCCUUUUGGCUGCGCAGACAACUUCUGGGAAAUGGGAGCCACAGGGCCGUGUGGUCCCUGUACCGAAAUCCACAUAGAUCAUCGCCCAGAUCUGGGAAGCGUUGAGCAGCGCGCCAAGUUAGUAAAUGCAGGUCGCUCCGAUCUUACAGAGCUAUGGAAUCUUGUCUUCAUACAGUACAAUCGCCAUGCCGAUGGCAGCAUCUCUCAAUUACCCGCCCAUCAUGUAGACACCGGAAUGGGUUUUGAGCGUUUGACAGCUGUGCUGCAAAAUAAGUCUUCAAACUAUGAUACGGAUUUGUUUACGCCAAUCUUCGAUGGCAUCCAGCAGGUGGCAAAGUCUCCGGUUUACAGUGGAAGUUUUCCAGAUGGUGGAAAUACAGCGCUACUUGACACCAGCUAUAGAAUAUUAGCGGAUCAUGCUAGAAUGGUCACUGCCUGUUUGGCCGAUGGAAUGCUUCCGGAUCAGAAUCAAAAACUGCGUCGGGUGUUGCGGAAAGCUCUCAACAUUUCGGAGCACGUUUUUGUUCAUGAUAAAUUGUUAACCCAACUAGUUCCUAUUGUCGUUGAGACUCUGGGCGAAGCUUAUCCAGAGAUGUCAGCAAAGCAGCAGGCAGUAAUUGACUUGAUUAACCACGAGCAAGAGGUGUACAAGAAUCUGAGAGAAAGUUCUUCCAAAGCAUUUGCAGAGGUGCUCACAGAAUUUCCCAAUCUUGAUGAUAUAGACCUAAUGGAGUGCCCAGGAUUCGUGCCCGCCUACCGAGAGUUCCAAGUGCAGCGCUGCAAGUUCCCAAAUAACACCAUACCAGGGGAUUUCCUUUACAAGCUGACGGAUACCUAUGGUCUUACCGAAGAGAGCUUUCUUAAGCUGGCUGAAUUGGAAAACAUGAACUGUGACCUGGAGCGGUACAGAGCUGAGGUCAGCCUGGCAAAGAUGAAAACCAAGGGCAUUCAACGAGAUGGCGUAGGAGGAUCACUUUGUGAUUUGGCCAAUGAACAGCUCAUUGCAGAAGCCCAGGCGAAGCUAACAAAACGCCUAGAGCCCACCGACAAUAGUCACAAAUAUGCCUACUCUUUCGAUAAAGAGAGUGAUUCAUACCAGAUACCUCCUCUAAAAACUACUGUAUUGGGAAUGCUUCUCAACGAUGCGGAAGUUUCGAGAACCCAAGGCAGUCGUAUACAGGAACCCUCCACUGACCUAAUAUCCAUUGUUACCGCAGCCAGCAAUUUCUACUAUGAAUCUGGUGGUCAACAAUCGGAUGGCGGAAAGAUCUUUGUCAGCAACAAUCACGAGCCAGAGCAUCCUUAUACACUCAAUGUGAUUAGUGUGAAGCAUCUCAACGAUUGCGUGGUUCAUGUCUGCAAAUUGUCCAGCCCUACAGAUGCUUUUGAGCUUGCCAUUGGAGAUGAGGUUGAACUGCAGGUGGAUGUCCAGCAGAGGCAACUCAACACAUGCCAUCAUACAGCCACUCAUCUGCUAAAUGCCGCCAUCCGCUCGCUUUUUAAGAAGGUUACCUACCAGGUUUCUAGUUCCGUGACCAGCGAUCAGUGCAAAUUGGAGCUGGGACUGCUAGGGAAACGCAUCCAAAAGAGCGAUGUGCAGCUUAUUGAAGAUCUAAUUAAUCGCAUUAUCUGCUCUGCCACGCCUGUUCAAGUUGAAUUGCUGAGUGCCGCUGAAGUUCUGCAGCAAAAUGACAUCACCAUGGUGCCCGGCGAAGUUUAUCCCGAGCAGGGAUUGCGUCUGGUCAACGUGGAGAGCCCUGAACUGCACCUCAGCUCUAAGGAGUUGUGCUGUGGCACUCAUGCUACCAACACUAGAGAGCUAUCCUGCUUUUGUAUCGUCAAUUUAAAGCAAACCAAUCGAGCGAGAUUCGCAUUCACCGCUGUGGCUGGCCAGGCGGCGGAAAAUGUGCUGAAAACAGCUGCCUUGCUGCGCCACCGCGUGGAUCUCCUCGAGAAACAGUUCCAGACUGAUAAGCUCACAAACGCCACAGAAGCGGAAUUGCAAACCAUUCGCCACAACAUGCUGCACACGGACAUUAAGCUGCCAUAUGCCUUUAAGAUGGACACGCUAGAGCGCAUCACAGAGAUGCUGAAGAGAAUCAAAGAUUCUUCCCGCACAACACUAAAGGAAUUUGUAGAUGUCGAGAUGCGCAAUCUACUGCUGGAAAAACCAUUAGACACCCACCCCUUCAUCCUGCACUACAUUACCAGUUCUGCUCUUGUAGAGGAGAUUCCCUUGCAACGAGCCACGAAACUUUGUCAGGAUCGUCCUAUCCUGGUGAUCAGCAUGUGUGAUAGCGUGGUCAAGGCGCGAUGUUGCGUACCAGAAAACUUCAUAACAGAAAAAUUUAAUGCUUCCGCUUGGCUGCAAUCUUUUGCCGACACGUUUGGUGGCCAGAUAGCUGCGCCUAAAGGUCAGAAUCCGCAGGCCGUGUGCAACAUGAAGGGCCGGAGGGUCAGCAAUCUGUUCGAGGAACAGUUGGAGCAGGCAAUGUCAAAGGCACACGCGUACGCUAAGCUUUAUCUAUAGGUAUUAGUUGUGAUUACCCUCCAAAAUGUGCUAGCUGUAAGCUUGCCCUUUAAAUGAUUUCUAAUGUGAGGAGCGAAUAAAUCGCUGAAUUAUUAAGUA